AAAACAUUUUAGUUAUGCUUCCGAAAACUAGUAUUGUUUCAAAGUGUUUCAAUACAUUUGAAGGCGCAGUAUGCAAACACUGUUAAAAUACGAUUUAAUUUUCUGAACCGAAUUUUCAAAGCUAUUUUUCUCGAUUCGAUAUCAUUGCGACUUCGGCCCUUUGGUCGAUUCAUGAUCGAUUAUUUAACAUAAACAUUGCUUUCGCUGUCAUAACAUUAUUACAUGUUAAAGAUACGUGGGUUGCUGGAAAACAUAGUUAGUUAGUGUACAUUUCUUUUUAAUCCUUGUACAUAGCUGCGAAGCUAAGUCCUCCAGAAUGGCUGAUCUCAAAAAGGACCUUGACGAGUAUCUGCUGCUACAAAGUGAUCAGAAGAAAAGCUUCAAACUCGAAAUGCCGAAGAUGCCCUCGAUCCCCACUCCCGGGCUAGUGGGAAAGCUCUUCGGGAAAAAUCAGGAACCGGAAGCAAACAGCUGGCUUAAGGACACACAGGACUCUUGCUGUCCAAAGUUGAGCCGAAUACAAAGAAUUGUUGGUUUCGUGACCUGUAUGGGUCUGGGAGUGUUUUGCAUGACAGUCUCCACAUUCUACAUCCCUUUGCUGAUUCUCAAAGCAAGAAAAUUUGCUCUACUAUAUACGCUGGGAAGUAUAUUUUUCAUCAUGAGUUUCGCUUUUCUGAGCGGAUUCGGAGCCAUGUUCCGGCAGUUAUUCUCCCGUGAUCGGCUCGCUUUAUCGAUCUCCUACAGUUGCUGUCUAGUGGCAACACUGUACUUUGCUAUGAUUGAACAGAGCACGGCCUUUACGGUUCUGUUUGCGGUGGCACAAAUCAUAUCGCUGCUCUGGAUGAUCCUGGGAGCGGUACCCGGCGGUAUGACGGGUGUUAAAUUUUUUGGUCAAAUGUUCCGAAGUUCAGUAUCCAACCAACUGCCAGUAUAAGUGUGUGCUUAAGUUGGUUCGUUGGUGUGGAGCGUAAUCGAGAGGAUUAAUCAUGCUUCAUCAACAGGCAUUGCUUAUGUGUUUAUGCCGCACACAUGGUGAUAAAGAAGGAAAAAAAGAAAUAACACUAUCAGAUUAAGUAUUUUAUAUUCAUUAAACAAUAAAUAUUUGUCCUAAA